GGCCUCGUGGGACGCGCGGAGGGAGCGGCCGAGAGGGGACGGUUCGGUCGACUCGGGCGCGGGCGGCAGGUGCGCGGCCGCCGGGAUGCGGACGCCGGCGGUGAUGACGCUGGGCAUGGUGCUGGCGCCCUGCGGGCUGCUGCUCAACCUGACGGCCACGCUGGCGCCCGGCUGGCGGCUGGUGAAGGGCUUCCUCAACCAGCCGGUGGACGUGGAGCUGUACCAGGGCCUGUGGGACAUGUGCCGCGAGCAGAGCAGCCGCGAGCGCCAGUGCGGCCAGCCGGACCCGUGGGGCUACUUCGACGCCGAGCCGGUGCGCGUGGCGCGGGCCCUCAUGGUCACGUCGCUGGCCACCACGGCCCUGGGCCUGCUGCUGGCGUCGCUGGGCGUGCGCUGCUGGCAGGAGGAGCCGCGCUUCGCGCUGGCCGGCCUCUCGGGCGCGGUGCUCUUCGCCGCCGGCCUGCUCAGCCUCAUCCCGGUCUCCUGGUACAACCACUUCUUGGCGGACCGCAGCGUCCUGCCCGCCGACCCCAGCCCGGUCACGCUGCACGUCAGCUACAGCCUGGUGCUGGGCUACCUGGGCAGCUGCUUGCUGCUGCUGGGCGGCUUCUCGCUGGCGCUCAGCUUCGCGCCCUGGUGCGAGGAGCGCUGCCGCCGCCGCCGCAAGGAGCCCGCGGGCGGCCCGCGCCGGCCCAGCAUCAGCACGGUGCACGUCGACUGGCCCGAGCCCGCGCUGCCGCCCGCCAUCAAGUACUACAGCGACGGCCAGCACCGGCCGCGGCCGGCCAACCCCGGCGCCGCCCGCCAGCCCAAGGCCGGCUUCCCCAUGCCGCGGCCGCAGCCCGGCGCCUACACCAACCAGAUAGACGUGCUCCGCGGGGAGGACGCCCGCUCCCCCCGCGACUCCUCGGGCAGCACCGGGUCCUGCCACGCCUCGCUGCCCUGCGACUCCGACCUGUAGACGGCGCCCCCCUCCUCUCCCAGGCCUGCUCUGGGCCGGUGCUGCGGGGACGAAGGACUCGCCCCCACCACGUCCAGCCUUGAACUUGCCCGGU